AUGAGCAGUAAAAAGCUGCAGUACUGGAGGCUCUACCUGCUGUCGCUGGUGUUGGGGAUCGGAGGGUCGUUUCAAUACGGGAUCCAAGUUUCUCUCAUCGCUUCUCCAGCAGUGCACGUUCAGAGUUUUGUGAACUACACAUGGAUGUUGAGGUACGACGCUCCAGUGGACGAGUCCACCAACCAGCUCAUCUGGUCCUUCAUCGUGGCGGUGUUGAGUCUGGGUGCCUGGGCUGGAGCCAUCCACAGCGGCAGCCUCCCGGUCACUUACGGCCGGAAAAAAGCUCUCCUGAUCAACAACGUGGUGGCGAUCGUCGCUGCCUUGCUCAUGGUCUUCAGCCGCAUGGCCAAGUCUUUUGAGAUGAUCUUGUUGGGCAGGUUUCUGUACGGAUACAACGUCGGCCUCGGCCUCAGCGUUCACCUCAUGUACCUCGGGGAGAGCUCUCCAAAGAAGCUCAGAGGCUUCAUGACCCUCACCAGCUCAAUCUUCAUCGGGUUUGGGAAAGUCAUGGGUCAGAUAAUUGGCAUCAAGGAGAUAAUGGGCACCGAGGAGAUGUGGCCGUAUCUCUUAGCUGUUAGUGGGAUUCCUGCCGUGCUGCAGUUUGUGACGCUGCUUUUCUUCCCCGAGGCCCCUCGAUACCUUUACAUCGAUAAAGGAGACACUGAGGGCAGCAAAAAAGCCUUGGAGUGGCUGUGGCAGGAGGACAACCUGAAGAUGGAGAUGGACGACAUGCAGAAAGAGAGAGAGACCACACAGGGCGAGAAGGCCAAGACCGUGAAGGAUGUCCUCACCUCUCGCUGCGUCCGAUGGCAGCUGCUGACUCUGGCCAUCCCCUGCGCUGGUGUUCAGUUCUGCGGCAUCAACGCUCUGUACUUCUACGCCUUUGACAUCUUCCGGGAGUCGGGAGUGCCGGAGGACCAGAUGCAUUAUUUGGCCAUUGGCAUUGGAGCGACAGAGCUCAUCACCAUAACGCUGUGUUCCUUCUUGAUAGAUCGCGCCGGCAGGAAGAAGCUGAUGGGCUAUGGCUAUCUCCUGAUGGGUGUCACCAUGUGUGUUCUUACCAUCAUGCUGUCCAUUAAGGAUCUGAAUUCAUGGAUCCCGUAUGUGAACAUCGGCCUGAUCUUUUGUGUCAUUUGCAUCUAUGGGCUUGGACCUUCUGGAGUGUCCAUGGCUCUCCCCGCUGACCUCUUCCUACAAGCCUGGCGUCCUUCCGCCUUUGUCAUCAGCGGGACCAUCAACUGGCUCGGCAUGUUCCUCGUGGGCAUGUUGUUCGGCUACGUGGUGGAGGGACUCGGACAGUUCUGCUUCCUGAUUUUUGUGGCGUAUUCCUUCUUCAGUUCAGCGUUUAUGCUUUAUUUUGUCCCGGAGACCAAAGGAAAGACGAUGGUGGAGAUCAUGGAGGACUUCAACAAGCUGAAUUACAAAACCAGGGUGGCUGAUGUGGAAGAGACUGAUGAUGACUAUGCAACUAAAUUCUAAAUUAUUGUUUUUUUUUUACUUCACAUAUUUCUUUUCCAUUGUUUGCGUGUUAUUUAUUACUUUUAGCAAAAUUCUGAAAUCAGAUCAUGUGUCCAAAGUGCUCCGACUGAGAAUAUUGAUCAGUAAAAUGUUUUACAACAGCAUCAUUUAUCUAUUUUUUAUUAAUGUUUAAGUAGUUCAAGUCCAGUGGAAACCUUUAAAUGGUACAAAGGUUUAGCAGAAAACUGUCCAAGAUGACCACAAAUGGAAAAAUGGAAAGUCAAUCAUGGAAACAAUUUCUACAGGUUUUCCAGCUUCUGGGGAUUUUAGACAAAGUCUCUGUGUGCUGCAUUAUAAGGACAAUAACAUGGUAUCAUAGGUUAGAAAAAGGAAAAUAACAGAGGAAGUUGGUGACAAUGAUCCAAAGAAAGAACAACACAGUGGACUUCACAUGAUAGAAGAUUAACGGAGUCUAGCUUUUUUUUUUUUAACCCUCAUUGAGCUGAUUUGGGAAGAACUGGAUGAAUUUUCAAAUCAAUGUUUAAUUUCCUUUUGCAAAAAUACCAGAGAAUAUCUGCAAGCUGCAAGAUUCUCUUUUUCCUAGAAAUACAUAAAUAAAUGUCUUUAUUAUUUAUUCGUUCAAUGCAUUCUAGUAAACCGAGAUGAUGUAAAUAUGAGCAACAACUGGAAAAAUGUUUGAUCUUAUGUUCAAAAAUAAAACAUGUCAUUACAUCUGAA